GAAGAAAGUAAAGGAAGGUUCCGUCGACCCCGGACGGGUUGCCGGGCCGAACAACUCGGACGGAACGGAGGGUAAGGAGGAAGGCGACGGGUCUUCUUGUUUAAAAAUAACGUAACGGCGCCCGUUUACUUUCCAAAGUCGGACCGGUCUUUAUUGGAGCGCUCGGAAACCGCCGACGAAAGAAUAAUGCCCGGGUAGGCCUUUAAUUAUCGAAAGCCCGAGUCGUUUUACGGCGCGCAGAGCCGGAGUUUCCUUUAUCCGUCCAAAGCGGGAAUUACAACUUACUUUAUUUUUGUUUUUAUUUUUCACCGCCGUCCUUUGGGUUUUUGCGCAAAUUCUUUCGUUCUUUCUUUUAUUAUUAACUUUUCUCUUUCCGGUGGGUGGCCGAGAAGGCGCUUUCCACGUUUUUUCGCCGAGAUUGAAAGGAAACCGUCUCUUCUCCGGCCGAGAAUUAACCGCAAGAAAGUACGUUUUUGCGUAAAAGGAAAGCGCAUUUAAGAUUUAGAAUUUCCUUCCCGGUUAGGCGGCCUUAUUCCGCGGGUGGGAGAGGUGGCGCCGCCUCCCUCCCGCUUAACGGCGGCCGUCGGACCCGGUCGUAUCUUAUUAAUUAUAUCGACCACCUUUCGUCCCCCGCGCUCUCUUCUUUUCUCGGGAAAAUUUACGUAACGUACCAUCGGCCUGUGGACUCCGGCCGCGGACCGGAAGAGGACUCGGGUGUCCCGGAAGUAAGUCGGGGUGGGGCGGCCCCCACUUACUUCCGCCCGUUCUACCCGGACGUAAUUACGGGACGGUGACCUUAAGAAUCCCGGCCGCCUUCGGCCUCUUUCCCUUUAUAUCGUUCUCUUAAAAAGUUUAACGGGGCGCUUUCGGUAAAAGCGUCGUCUCCGCCGGAAUUCCCGUAAAAUAGGGUUUUCUUUCCGCCCGCGGCCAAUAAUUAAGACUCCCGCCACCGAUAACCCCGGGCGUUGGAAAAACUUCUCUCCGGAAGACGGAUGGGCGCGUUUCGAAAAUAUGGCGGAAAACGUUUUUCUGCCCGGAGGGAAAAGAUUAGGCGAAAUACGGACGAAGAAUUUCGUCAAUGGCGGAGAGUUUCCGUCCAGGUAAAACCCCGGGACCUUGGUUUUUAUUUUUCGGUUUCGGUGGUAUCUGGCGCCACGUAACCGCGCCGGACGUCGGCGGAGCGCUCCGGCGGGGGCCAAACCUUUAACCCAAUUAAGUCUCGGUUAAUAACGUCCCGCGUAAAAUUUGGCUACCGGCCACCGGCCAAAUGCGUUUCCCGGUCUUAAUUUUGUGGAAAGAAAGGCCAGAAAUAUCCCGUUUCAUCAGCACUUGUUCCACCCGGUCACCACCUAACUUUGUUAUCCCUUUUCCCACUUUCGCGCGAUUUUACCCGGCUGGAGAAAGGGUGGCGUUAAUACGUUCUUACGGUUUUGCCGGCGCGGUCGGAGCUGGGAGUUACGAUUCUCCCGGCCAAAUAAAGGUCGACUUACUUUUAGACGCGAGAACCGAGCGCGGUGGCGGAAAAAGGCCGACCCGGCCACCUCGGCCCUGGGUCCGGACCCGUCCGUCGACGGGCGGUCGGCAUCCCAGCCUUUUCCCGCGGAAUCCUUAUCGUAUUCGGAAAGGUCGAAAGUCUCUUUUCUUUUUCCGGCUGUCUCCCUUUUUCUCUUCCGGUGGGAAUCCCGUCCGAUGGCAAUUUGUCGUUAACGGGCGCCACCGACAAAAGGCGCUAAGCUAUCUUCGGCCGAGUUUUGGAUCCGAUCGGCCGGCGGCACCGUCGGGUUACCCGACUUUUUUGCCCAACGUAAUUACCGUCUUAUCGGGGUCGCUCGUACUUUAUAUCGGCGUUAGAAGGCGGCGGGGCUCUCCGUCUGCCCGGUCCCGGAAGGAAGGACGAAACCCAAUUUGGCCGGGGAGCGUCUAUUGCCCUAUUACGAUUGUACGAGCGUCGAAACGGGAUACUGGGAUCUACGCCGUCCGAUGCUACACCGCGCUGGUUUACAGCCGUAAUUGCCCCGGCACCAAGGAUGCGGACGCGCUCCAUGUGGCUAUUUCUGAGAUUAAAGGGCCGGGUUCGAAAGUCGUCCGGAAAAGAUUGCCACUGGUUAAAAUCGUAUCCGUUCCUAAGACUAUAGACGGAGAAGACCUUUCGGGAUUUAUUUACCAACAAAAUUGUGGGCUUCGGGUGUCCUACACCGAGAAACCUACCAUCGGGUUCCCGACGAAACGGACGAGUGCCGAGUACGAAUCUCGGGUGAUAGAAGCCGGUCCGGACAUGGGAAGUACAGUAUCGUGUUAGAGAGAAAAGAUUAAACGUACUGUACAAUGGAGUAGAUGUCCAGUUGGUCAUUUUUUCCCGCCAUCCGAUGUUUCCAGUGCCUGUCGUUUGGACACGGGACCAGCACCCGUACGGAGAAAGAUAGUACUGGCAGUGGGUGCGGGGAUGGCCGCCUUUUCCAGGACUGUCCGAAGAAAUAGGAACCACCUACGCGCGCGAACUGCCUUCAAAGUAAUCUUCCCGGAAGCAACCGCCACUCCACCAGUAAAAACUGGCCGGCGUUCUUACGCGCUACGGCCGGCACCCCAAAGAGGUACGAAUACAUUCUGUAAUUGUGUCGGUCCUCUUCGAUUGGUCGUAACCGCGGGUAUCCUCUAGUCCGGGCCGUUGUUCGGGCAGCCGUCGUUUGCCACGUGUUUUUGCCCGGCGUGGUUUCGGCUACGGCCUGACUAAUUGUAUUGGCUGGCUUAUCGUCGUCGUCCUUCCGCCUACGUCUUCGAUGUAUUCGUUACCUACGCCAUUUUUCUCCGUUGCUUUUUUACCAUUUACCGUAUUGUUUAGUGUUUUUGUCCUGGCUGUUGUUCGGGCGGUCGCGUUCCACCGUAACCGUGGUUGAAUAUUAUCGUUGGCUUAAUUUUUGCUUUCUGUAUCUCCGGUAUUGAUGUAUCCGCGCCGUUUUAAUCCGUAUGGUCGCGCCACCUAUUUUUGUAUUUCUGUUACUACGCGUUGGUAUAUUUAUUACCAACCGUACUUUGUUUUUUCGUUUUAACAAAUGCCACGCACUCUGGCGCUUUCGCCGUUUAUCCAAUCUUUAUAAUUUCGCCCGGGCCUCUCGGCUUCUAUCUUCGCGCUCGGGCCAUACCUACGAGUACUGCCGAGUUUUCACCCCUGUACGCCAUUAAUGGCGUCUAUUACGAUUGUACCGUAGCCGGGUGGGUCCGAAAUUCGACCGGCCAGCGGUUUAACGGAAUGGGUUAAGAGGCGGUGGCCUUAUAUCGCCUUUAUUUUUCUGGUAAAUGACUCCAAAUUGAAAUAAAAGUUUCGUUUUCCGUCGUCGGGUUUUGUUUUUUACUUGGUCCGUAAAGGACUUAAACGUGGCGGUAGA